AUGACCAACACGAUGACAUCAACGGUCCUCAUCAGCUUCCUGGCCUGUCUGCUCCUGGCCAAUGUUGAAGGCCAGGUGGGUCAUUCUAAAGCUCGGUGCCAGUGUCUGAAUGGACUGGUGAACCACGUUAAACCUCUUCACAUUGAGAAGCUCGAGGUGUACACCUCCAGCCACUCCUGCAGGAACAUGGAGAUCAUUGUCACUCUGAAGAACGGAGAAGGGAAGAAGUGUCUGAAUCCAGAGGCUCCAUUUGCCAAGAAAACCAUUGAGAAAAUAAUGAAAAACCGAAGGAGUGUGCAGUGAAAUGAAUGACACCAG